CGGGCGGGGCGGGGCUUCGGUGCCUCGGGAGCCUUAUUCCCGGCCGCGCGCCGGGAGCGCUCAGUCUGCCGAGGGAGCUCCGCGCUGCACGCGGUUGGCGGGCCUGACAGAGGCACAGGGAUUCGAACGGACUCACGGACUGACUGAGUGAGCCGACAGACGCACAGUGGCCGCCAGUUGCGCGCAGAUCUCAGCUAGGCUUGCACCCAGAGGUGGACAGUAGUCAGUGCCCGGCGGAAUCUCCUGCGCUCCGCCGCCUGGCUCCGGUGCCAGCUCCCGGUGGCCGCCGCCUCCAAAGUGAUUGCUGCCUCGCCGCCUCCACCCGGUCCGGGAACAUGAAGCUGCUGCCGUCGGUGGUGCUGAAGCUCUUUCUGGCUGCAGUGCUCUCGGCGUUGGUGACUGGCGAGAGCCUGGAGCGGCUUCGGAGAGGGCUGAACGCUGGAACCAGCAAUCUGGACCCUCCGACUGGAUCUACCGACCAGCUGCAAACCCCUGGAGGCAGCCAGGACCGGGAAGUCUUGAACUUGAAAGAGGCAGAUUUGGACCUUUUCAGAGUUGCUUUCUCCUCCAAGCCACAAGCUCUGGCCACACCAAGCAAGGAGGAACAUGGGAAAAGAAAGAAGAAGGGCAAGAGGUUAGGAAAGAAGAAAGACCCGUGUCUGCGGAAAUACAAGGACUUCUGCAUCCAUGGAGAAUGCAAAUAUGUGAAGGAGCUCCGGACUCCAUCCUGCAACUGCCACCCAGGUUACCAUGGAGAGAGGUGCCAUGGACUGACCCUUCCAGUAGAAAAUCGCUUGUAUACAUAUGACCACACAACCAUCCUGGCCGUGGUGGCCAUAGUGCUGUCGUCUGUCUGUCUGCUUGUCAUCGUGGGACUUCUCAUGUUUAGGUACCACAGGAGAGGAGGUUACGAUGUGGAAAGUGAAGAGAAAGUGAAAUUGGGCAUGACUAAUUCCCACUGAGAGAGACCCAUGUCAAGGAAUCACCUGGGAACUACUGCUUCUGAGAAGACACAAGCUGAUUGCAGAAUCUACAAAGGGGAAGACCUUCACAAUUAGCCAUGGAGACUCCAUCGUCCCCAGUUGUUAUCUAGAUCGGACCUCCCAUAAUUGCUUUGGCAAAAUACCAGAGCCUUCAAGUGCCAAACAGGAUAUGUUCACUGGGAUCUGGGUCAGAAGAAAGCAAAAGCGAGGGACCUUUACACCCUUUUGAUUCCCCUCCACCAAACCCAACUUCCCCCCAUAAGUUUGUUUAAACACUUAUCUUCUGGAUUAAUGCCAGUUAAAUUCCAUAUACUCCAGAAUCUUUGACUGAAAAGAAUAAGAAGAAAGGAAGAAGAAAAAAUUUGUAGACUAGAAGAAAGCAACCAAGAUUGAGAAGCCAUGUAUUCAAGUAGUUACCGAGGGACCUGCCAUUUGGACUCUACAGUGCUGGAUUUGAUGAGCUAACUGUGAAAUACCACAAGCCCGAGAACUCUGAAUUUUGGGACUUCUACCCAGAUAGAAAAAUAACAACUAUUAUUUUUUUGUUCGUUUGUUUGUAAAAUGCCUCUUAAAUUAUAUAUUUAUUUUAUUCUAUGUAUGUUAAUUUAUUUAGUUUUUAACAACCUAACAAUAAUAUUUCAAGUGCCUAGACUGUUACUUUGGCAAUUUUCUGGCCUGCCACCCUGCAUACCCACCUCUGACUUGGUGCCACCCUCCCCUGCCACAAAUCUGAGAUGAAUCUGUGACCCAUCUGUAGUAAUUUAUUGUCUGUCCACAUUUCGGGGAGUUCUGUAUGGAGGACGUAGGGGUUAACUAUGGUCAGAGCCACUCUAUGAGUUGGACUGCAGUCUUGCCUAGGCAAUUUUGUCUACCAUUUGUGUUUGAAAGCCCAAGGUGCUGAUGUCAAAGUGUAACAGAUAUCAGUGUUUCCCUGUGUCCUCUCCCUGCCAAAUCUCAGAAGAGGUUGGGCUUCCAUGCCUACAGCUUUCCUGGUUCCUCACCCGUGGCCCUCGGCCUGCAGAGUGGGAACUCACCAUCCCUUGUGUCAAGACAUUUCUUUUACUCCUGCCAUUCUUCUGGUGCUACUCCAUGCAGGGGUCAGUGCAGCAGAGGACAGUCUGGAGAAGGCAUUAGCAAAGAAAGACUAAAGAGGAAGAAGAAACAUUGGAGCUGACUGUUCUUGGUAAUUGAUUACCUACCAAUUGCUAUAGAGAAGGUUGGAGAUGGGAAGGCUUUUAUAUAACCCUACCCAUCUCACCCAAACUACAAAGGUAUGCUGUCAUGGUCCUUUCUGGAAGUCUCUGGUGCCAUUUCUGAACUGUUACAACUUGUAUUUCCAAAACUGGUUCAUAUUUAUACUUCACAAUCCAAAUAAAGACAAC